AUGAAUAUGAAUCUGUCUAUAAGUGAUAUAUUUGCGAAAUUUGACAAGAACAAAGACGGUAAGAUCUCAUGUGAGGAAUUUCGUGAUGCUAUUCAUGCUCUCUCUCCGACCAUUCCCUCAGAUAAACUUGUCGUGAUGUUCAACCAGCUUGACACGAACGGUGAUGGUAAGAUCGAUGCGGCUGAGUUCGCUUCAUGCAUGGACCAAAUCGUAAAACUAUAUGAUAUUGAUUGUGAUGGGAAAAUAUCAGCGAAUGAGUUAUAUGUGGUGAUGACUGGUCUUGGGGAAAAGUGUACGGUCGAGAGCUGCAUGGAGAUGGUUCGAGCCUUUGAUGCCGAUGGUGAUGGUUGUAUUAGCUUUGAGGAGUUUAAGACUUUGAUGUAUAUUAGCAAGUAG